AUGUACAAGAACACAACAACCAUCUCAUACCACAGCAUGAUCAAAGAAAUGCACCACAUGAUUGGCGUAUCAAACGAUGGCAUCAGCAAACUCUUCACCAUCAAUCCUUCUCAUAAGCACAACGUCGGCAUGUCCGUACCAACGGUGCCCGCUCUCAUGACAAACGAAUACCAUCGCCAGCAACUGUCACCCGGACCUCACCUCGAUGAUCUUUUCGGAAAAAAGAUCCUUCCAUACAUAUGGAAUACUCUUGAACGGAGGCCGACCGCAAUAGAAAAUCCGCAGCGCAUUACAAUGGGCAACGGGACCCCUGUUUCGCUCAUGGCUUUAAUGGUAGACCUCUUCGACGGUGGGAUCACAAGCGCGUUUUUCGGAGCGGCUAUUUGGGAAGUGAACCCUGUCCUGUUGCGCGACUUUAUGGUCUGGGAGGUCACAAAUUGGAAGUGGACGUUCUCUAUGCCACGAAUCAUCAGCGGCGACAUGGUACAGGCGAAAGACGCCAUUGUGAACACAUUUGUCAAAUAUUUACAACUGCCCGUAGAUAAGCGUAGCGACAGUGCUUUCUUUGUCAAGUCAAUGGAGAAGAUGAUGCGAGAUUCGGAUGUCAAUGUUGAAGACAUGGCCAAGACUGUUAUGUUACACUUUUGGGCGGUCCUCGGCAAUACGUAUAAGGUCGCCUUUUGGGUCUUUGCGCAUAUAAUAUACGACCACGACCUACUCUUGGCCAUUCAGAAAGAGGUCGAAGGGGGCUUUAAAGGCGGAAAAUAUGACGAGGAAUACAUUUUCCAGAAAUGCCCCCACCUCAGCUCCAUGGUCAACGAGACCCUCCGCCUCGCGGUUGCAAGCCCCCUCGUCCGUGACGUUGUUGCACCGACACCUGUUGGCGGCAAAGUGCUCGAACCAGGGAGUAGAGUUAUGGUACCCUUUCACCAGCUCCACCGCAACCGAGACGUCUGGGGAACCGAGCCCGAGAACCUCCAUUCAGAUCGCUUUGUGGCUACACCAAAACUUCUCAAUUCAAAAUCGUACAGGCCAUUUGGUGGAGGCAGUACUCUUUGCCCUGGUCGCAAUAUGGCUCGCCGCGCCAUCGCGUUUGCAGUAGCCGGUCUAAUCAAUAAGUAUGACAUUACUAUCGAUGUAAAAGAGACCAAUAAGAGAAACGGUAACAAGAGAGAGCUUAACUUCCCCGUUUUCCCCAGAAUCAAUCAUAGCAAACCGACACCGGGAGCUAGCCUGCCGUUCAAAAGUGAUGAUGUAAUUCUGGUGCUCAAGGAACGAUGCGGGACCAGCUUGUGA